AUGAUCAGACAUAAGCCAAAAACUCGGCAAUGUUGCCGGAUCCAUGAUCUGCUGCACGAUUUUACUAUUGCAGAGGCUAAGAAGGAGGGUUUCCUCGUCUGCCGCCCGAUCCCAGACGAGCGAGAUGCCUUCCGACUGGAUUCCUCCGUGAGACGCCUUUCGCUUCACGGGGGAGCGGAGGACUACGUCUCCCAUGUGAAGUCCACCCCAAGAUUGCGCACCUUGCUGUGGUUCAAUCCCGACUGGUGGUUAAAAAGGUCGGUUAUAAGCUUCCCUAUUCCAGAGCUGAAACUUCUCAGAGUCAUCGAUCUGGAGGGGGCAUCACUCGCCGUACUACCAGAACAGGUUGGAGACCUGAUCCAUCUUCGAUUCUUGGGAUUGAGAGGAACAAACAUAAGGAGUCUUCCGUCUUCAGUUGGAAAACUUCGUCAUUUACAGUCCUUGGACGUGUUGGGGACGCAGAUCAAAACGAUGCCGAGAGUUGUGUGGAAGAUCGAGGCCUUGCGUCAUGACCACGUUCCCCCAGAAGUGGAGCCGGAGAUUACCGAGGCAGGCUUCAGAAACCUGCAGGUGCUCACGCUCGUCAGGGUCGGGAGGUGGGUAGACAGCUGCCUAGGGACUCUUACCAGACUCCGGGAGCUGCAACUAACAGGCAUCUCAAGAUAUCAUCAUGACGCACUGUCUUCUUCGCUACCGAAGCUGUCCCAUCUCAAGAAGUUGAGAUUGGAAGGCGAGUCGAUCCCAGACUGUCGAUGGACACCGUCCAGCUUUUCUUCACUGGGGGUCUUAUACCUGAUCGGGGAAGUGACAAAGGCUACAGGAACCAAGUUCUGGCAGCAACGAGUGGCCACCCAAUCUCACCGAACUCAUGCUAAGUGUAACCAGGCUGGAUCGAGUCUCGAUAGAAGCGCUCGAGAACCUCCCUGAACUUACAUAUCUGUAUCUAGGUCCUUCGUCCUACACAGAAAACGAUGUGAUCUGCUCCCGUAGCGGGUUCCCUCAACUCCAGUCCCUCGUACUUGAUUCGCUAGGCGAGUUAGAGAGGUGGGUAAUUGAGGCCGGCGCAAUGUCCCGCCUGAGGAGCCUGAAGAUCUACGACUGCAGAAAGUUGGCCAUGCUUCCGGAAGAGUUACAAUACAUGACUUCUUUGAAAGACCUCAUUCUGUGGGAUAUGCCUCGUAGACUCUGUUCUAGAGCUCGGAUGGAAGGAGAGGACUGGCACAAAAUCCGACACAUACACUGAAUCACCAUUUCAGUCAUUGGAGAAUCGUCUUCGUGGCAUUUUUCAGCAACAUCAUGGAAAUUCAGUCCGGUUAAGGAGAGAGAGGAUUGACCCAAAAUCCGGCACAAGAGAUUCACUGUGUACAGUGAGUAACCAUAAUACCGGGAUCAUUUCCCUGAAGAACAUGGUGACAUGCUCGUGUUGGAGAUAAGGGCAGGAUUGUCCUUUGUCCUUGUGUAAUUUUUAAAACCCUGUGAUAAGAGAGGGGGAAGCUGUCGUCUCUGUAUGUGCUGUGCGAGCAAUGUGUGCUGCCGCGCGAAGGGCUGUGUGCUGAGCAUUGCAUAGUGGCUAUCGCACUUCUCUUGCAACAAAUUCGUUGGUAUAAGUUCCUAUUGACAUAUAUAAGUGACGCGUUCCUCAUCUGCAUCUCUCGCAUCUUCUAUUGAAAAUGAGCAACCCUGCAGUCACUUUUCCUCUUUGCUUUUUUCUUAAUGGAAAUAAGUGAACAUGGAAGAUUCGUUUAAACCAUUAUUUUUCUAAGAGAUGCAGUUUUUGUUGUUUUUCGCUCAUUUUCCGUGUUUUCUAUAUCUGAUCUCUAUCCCUCCGCUCAUCAUGCCAAGCAGACCCUUCUUGGACCGCAGCGUGGCACACUGAGAAGUGACAAUGCGCCGAUCAGGUUACGGCCUCCGGGUUCAAUGCACACUGAGAAACUCAUCUACCAAAAAUAAUCGAUAAGUCAUUCAGCUCGCAUAAGUUUUGACAGAGGUCAUCGAGAAGGCAUGGAAGGAGAUGAUUUUACCCAUCAUUUUUCCUUCAAUUGCAAAAUAAUUGACAUCUUUAUUUGGGAUGAUAAACAUUACCAUAGACAAAGAUGACAAUUUAAAGCUCAGGAGGUAUUCAUGUAUUGAAUAUCUCUCCAAAGGAACAAGAGAGAGGGAAGAAAGAAGAAACAUCCUCACUUUAGCUGGUAUUCCCGGCAGAGAGUCCCCGGAUAUCAACCCCCGUUAUAGUGGCGAGAUAAAAAGAGAAUCUUAUAAUGGGGUGAUUUGCUUCUAAUAAUAUAUUGCAAUGACUUCUUCUCUUAUAUCUCCUAACUAAACAGUAUUUUUUUGAUAAAUGGAGACAUUUAAUUUUUAUCAUCCCUACAAAGAUAUGCGGAAGAUGAACUCUUUCUAAACGCCUAUCCGCAAAAACUUCACAACUCAACUCGGAAUGGCAAGAAAAAAAUAGCGUACCAAGCAGAAAGUGGUAUCCAGACGGGAAGGAAGGUAUAGAACUUUGCAGUCAAUGAUUAGGGAUCCAGAGACCUGGAUCUGAUCCAGACGGGAAGUCACAAUGUUGGUUCAGCCACAAAAGAGCAUGGCAUAUGGGGCCCAAUCCGUCUGUCCCAUCUCUAUCUUCUUUCUUUUUGCGAGAGCACACGGGCAGCCGACAGCUCGCCAGACGUGGCCCGAGCUGAUAGGUUCGCCGCCUGGCUGGCUCUUUGAUCUUACAUUCAUCACACAUCCCUCGAUCUGCCGCCUCAUGUUGCCUUGGGUUCGCCUCCGCAGGCUGUCCUCAGACACAUUGCAAUAUCUUACGUAAGAUCAUUCGUGUUGCCGAUCGGUCGGCCGCCUUGAUGCUUGAGGGUUUGUGAUGGGGAAUGAAGAAGCAGGCCAGCACCUCCACGACAUCAACGCUUAGACCCAUGCCCGUUAAAUCCAUAAUUUCCUUCUAUUGUUAUUUGUUUCUAUUGUAUAAUCAUCAAAGAGGUUAUAAAUCAUCCCAUGUAGCCCUAAUACAAGGAAUAAAAGAAGAAUAUGAAGUUUUGAGAUUUACAUCAUAUCGCUCCGCAAAGGGGGUGUGAGGGGUCAUUCGCUCCACAAGCAGAGGCCGUAAAGGCCAUUCGCUGCGGAAAGAGAGAUUGUGAUGGUCGAUUAUUAAUCGCCAUCGUCAUCUAUCACCUCAAUGAUCCGCUGCUACCUUUAUCCACCACUGCCUGUCAUCUAGUUGUCAUCUCUCAGCCACCGUCUGCCGCCAUUAUCCGCCAUUUUUCCGCAUCCCAUCAGUGCUCGCCGCUGUCGAUUGCCACUGCUGUCCGCGCCCAUCGUCCACCUCGUCGCUACUACCAUUGUCACGGCCCGCUACCACCAUCUGCCUUGUUACUGACGCCUCGAUCCCUUUCUUUGCCCUCUGCCCAUUCCACCAUGCCGAUCUGCCUUUGUCAGACGAUUCCCAUUUGUCUUACUUGUUAGGGUUAAAUCCUGAUGGUAUGCUACCUGGAUCCAUCCCCCCGAAACAGCUUAAUUCCCAAUGGCAAGUUGAUGGAGUCAACAUGAGCAUUCAUCCUCUUAGGUGGACCCACAAGGAGGAAGAAUAGAGAAGAGACGAGGCCUGGUCACCCACACCCCCCUUCUCUAAGGAACGUGCCUCUCCCUCUAAGAGACACCACUUGGCAUCCUUUGAGAGGGGGCGCCUCUAAUUACCCCUCUUUUCUAUAAAUCUUCAAACUCACGAAUACUUGAAAGAAAAAGUUGAAUUUGGAAUCAAGGAAGUUCUUGUUAUCGCUCUCACCUCUGGGAAUAGGGGUUCCUCUUCUCCCUCGCUCGUCUUUUGGAUUAGAGGUAUCUUCUUCUUCUCGCCCUCUUGGAUUAUGAGGACCUCUCUCUUUCUCUUCUCUCACUUCGUCAUCUUUUUAUCCCGUCGUCAUCCGCUUGUCCACGCUUCAGCCACAGCCUAGCCCGCCUUUUGCCAUCCAUGCUGCCCACUGGAGCCGCCCACAUCUUCACCUCUGCCGUCGAGUAUCUUAGCCCUUGCCGCCGGCGUCGUCACCGCCAUCCUUGCUUCCGCCUAUUGAAGCAACAUUGUCACUCAAACAGCAAGCACCUGAUCAACAGGUUGCCUGUUGAGCUUCCUUCAGAACAGAACAAACACGAAUCGACAUCAACCAAUAAGAUUCGACAUAAUCAAAUCAGCGGACACGUGGAUAACAACAAGGCUACGACAGACGACAGAUCAACCAAUGAAAACAGACAAUCAAAUAAAGGAAGAAAAGAAGACACAUCAGCAUUAACCAACAAGAAGAGGAACUACUCGAUGAAAUUGCAUCCUUCCGAAGAGUAGUUACUAAAUAAUACACAAUGGCUAUUUUUAAAUCACUAACAUUAUAAAUAGACGAUCAUAAAUGUUGUAACUAAUCAAGUUUUCUUUCACGAUCAAUAGAAGUUCCUUUUCUUUCUAUCUUCUUCUUCUCCUCUUUCUCUCCUUCUUGCUCUGUUCUAUCCCUCUGUUCUUGAUUUCUUUCAUGGUACCAGAGCCAUAGCCCAACGGUGCUCAAAGACCUGACAAUGAGUCUUCCACAGAAAAGCAUAGGUGAUGAAACCGAAGGUGCUUCUAAUGCUCAAAUCAUCUCUCACAGCACUAUUGCGAUUCAACUAGGAUUCCAGCAUUAUCAAUCUCUCUCAAGCUAACAAAGGAGAAUUUCCUACUAUGGAAGACGCAACUGCUUCCACUCUUGCGAACACAUGAUCCCAUAUAUGUUCUUGAAGAUGAUCCACUGCUCAUAUCGAAGAUCGAUGGACAUAAAAAGCAUAUUCCAAAUCCAGAAUAUAAAACAUGGUACAAAAAGGAUCAAGCAGUUCUUACCCUGAUUACUAACUCUUUAUCUGAAUCAAUACGGCAUUAUGUCAUCAAUAAAGAGACAUCAAAAGAUGUAUGGGAAGCACUCAAGAAAAAUCAUGCAAGCAAAUCAAGAUCCCGUAUCAAUGAACUAUAGGCAAAACUCCACAAUUUCAAGAAAGGUAAUCUUCUUGUUGACACCUAUAUUAAGAACAUUCAGAGUAUUGGUGAUGAAUUGCAGGCCUGCGGAUAUAAAAUUGAAGAUCAAUAUCUUGCAUAUGCCCUUCUAAAUGGAUUGGAACAUCAGUACAAUUCAUUAUGUGCAAGCAUAUAUCCACAAUUAGACAGUCUGGAGCUCAACAACGUAAUCUCCAAUUUGAAAUCAUAUGAUCUGCAUAUUUCUAAACAUAUAGAAGAAAAGUCUAUUGGAGAUUUCCCACCAACAGCAAAUCUUGCAAAUACAAUAGGGAAAUAAUAUCAAGGAAAGAUUCAACAAAAACUUUCAGCCUCCUCCAUGGCAAAAUAACGAUCAGACAUGGAAUUCAAAUCAACCUCAAGCGUUUACAGCCCAUACAAGAGAAAAUUAUAAUUGAACAAACAGUUGGUAUCCAGACAGCGGUGCAUCUCACCAUGUCACUGCAAAUCAAGGAAACAUACAAAACUCAACUAUCUACAAUGGGCAAGAUCAGCUUUAUAUAGGUAAUGGACAAGGUUUGCCCAUCCAUUCUUAAGGAUUAUCAACUAUUAAUACUAAAUAUCGUCCAUUACAGCUUAAGGAUAUACUACAUGUAUCACAAAUUAAAAAAAUAUUUUAUCAGUUCAAAAAUUUGCUCGAGACAACAAUGUAUUUUUUGAAUUUCAUGCUAAUUUUUAUGUUGUGAAGGACCAGGAAACGAAGCGAAUCCUCCUCAAGAGAACUAGUGAUGAUGGACUCUAUUGUCUACAAUUGCUACAAGCGAAUCCAGACAAUUGCAUUCUUUGGAGAAAAAUCAUCUAACUCUGAUAUGGCAUAAUAGAUUAGGACAUCCUCAUUUCUGAAUUUUAAAAUAAGUUAUAGACAAAUAUGGUUUGUCAGUCACUCAUAAAACUCAGAAUUUUGUUUGUGAUGCAUGUAGAUUAGUAAAAUCACAUAAACUUCAUUUUACACUUUCAUUACGUAGAACCACCAAACCUCUUGAAUUGAUAGAUUCUGAUGUUUGGGGGCCUGCCCCUGUUCUUUCUCAUUUUGGCUAUCUCUAUUAUGUGAUUUUUGUUAAUGAUUUCAGUAAAUAUACAUGGCUAUUUCUUAUGAAAAGAAAAAGUGAUGUUCUUUUGAUUUUUACUGAAUUUCAUAUUAAGACAGAGAACUUGUUCUCCACAAAACUUGUGUCUCUCCAAUUGGAUUGGGGAGGAAAAUUUAAAGCCUUGACCAACUAUCUCAAAGGCAAAGGUAUCAACCAUCGACUUUCAUGCCCUUAUACACCUGAACAAAUGGAACAACAGAAAGAAAGCAUAGACACCUUGUAAAAACAGCCCUAUCUCUUCUCCAAAAUGCACAUUUACCUCAAACAUUUUAAGAUGAAGUAGUAACUACUACUAUCUAUCUCAUUAAUAGAAUGUCUUCUUCAAAUCUCAAUCAUAAAUCUCCAUAUGAAAUCCUCUUUCACCUUGAACUAGAUUACUCAUUUCUAAAAACUUUUGAGUGUUUAUGUUACCCAUAUCUUAGAUGAUAUAUGCCUAACAAAGUCAAUACUAGGUCUAAACGAUGUGUAUUUUUAGGGUAUAGUUCAUCUCCCAUUGGUUAUAGAUGUGUGUCACUCCAAAAUGGAAAAAUAUUCAUCUCUAGGGAUAUUUUCUUUGAUGAAGUCACCUUUCUAUUUUAGACUCCCAAAUACCUAUCUAAGAUCAACCUAAUCGUACUGAAAGUCCAAGUCUAGUAAGACCACCUCCACUAAUAAUUGUACUACUUGCUCAAAUGAAUUCUCAUAUCCCUUGUUAGCAGUCAACAAUCAAUCAAGUCCCUUCUAACACUUUGAAAAAUCUGAAUUCUUCAAAUUCGUCAGACAAUCCUCCUCUUACAUUCUCAUCCAAAGAUGAAACAGUGCUCUUAGAAAAUAUAUCCAUCACUUCCACAGAUACCACUCCUACAACUCCAUUUCAUUUAGAUAAGUCACAAAGUGAAAAUACAUCUAGUAUCUCUCCGAACUCCUCUUAAAACCCAACUGCUAAGUGAUAUUUAUUCUCAAACAAAUUCCUCUAAUAAACCAACUAUCCUUCAUCUACUGAGGCCUCAAAAGAAUAUGUUUCAAUAUUCACAAACAUUUUUCUGAUGAACCUAACUGUUACUCUAAGGCCUCAAAAGAUCCAAAAUAAGUUCGAGUAAUGAAUAAUCCGUGGAUCCUAGCCGCCCGGCACGUGGGACGUGGAAAUGGUGGCGCGACCAUCACGUGGUCGGGUUUGGUGGCUCUCCCCAUCACGUGGGACGCUCUCAGAAACUCAGCCUUAAUUCGCGCCACCAUUUCCACGUCCCACUUUUAGUUAUUAAUUAUUCAAUUAAUCCGUGGACCCUAGUCGCCUGGCCCAAACAGCCCAUUUCCUUCGAACCACACUAGACCACUCCUUGGUUCGAACAGUCCACACGUGAUAGAGAGAGCCCAGUGACAACCCUGCGUCCCACUUGCUGGCAAUAAUUAUUGAUUAAACUCGUUGCCCACAUUGUGGCAGAGUUUCCUUGCAAACAUUGAUUAAACUCUUUGGAUUUUCCGUGGAAAUCUGCAGGGUUUCAUCGUGGCAGAUCGGGCAGCUGGUGUGGCGCCAAGCUUUUGACUGCGUCUCCUUCUCCGCUUGUGUCAUGAUAACGUCUGUGCACACGGUAGAUGACCUCGUGGUGGGGAGGGACUCAACAGAUGUUGCACGGCCGUCCCACAAUUCGAUCAAACAAAAGCUCACAUUAAAUGCAUAAACUCGAGAGAAAAAAAGGUAGACAAAAAGUUCCGAUAGAGUAAAUAUUCGAAGGGAAAUACAAAGCUCAAGAGAAUGUUGCUUUGCGGUCUGAUCACAAAAUGGAUAAAAUUGUUCGAUCAUUUUCCUCUGCAUUACCCUGCCUUUGAGCUUUGGGGUCGAGUUGACUCUCUGAGAGCACCAGGCAUUCAUUCAAUAAACUCAAGUUAAAUAACUUUCAGCCUUGCAGCUUCUUCGCUGAUGGGAUAAACCUUAGAAUGCUUGUCCAAUAUCCAGUCCCAUUACAACGAACUUCCAACUAAGACUCGCUUCACUCGGUCCCCAGCCAAUCGCGAUUUAUACGGAUCGGGUGACGAGUGGGCCGGGAUCGGCAGCUGUCAGCCUGCGCUGCUCACCGGCGCCGCCGCGCGAUCGUUGGGAUGCCCGGGAGGAGCAUUUAACCGGGACGAGGCCCACGGGGCCAGCGGCCAGCUAUGCGGGAAGCCUGCCGUAGGUGGGCCUUCUCUUUGCUGGUAUCCGCUCUUAUUCAGACCGCAGCGCCUACAGCUCCCCGCUCUCCGUAUCGUCCUUCGGUCAGACAGGGAAGAGGGCGCAAUGAAGACGUCUCCACCGAUCCAAUUCCAUCUUCGGUCCUUGAGGUUGUGCCAGGAAAUGAGAUCGGUACCUGUGCUGGUUAACCCCGUUAACCUGAUUCCGAUUACACGUUCAGCAUAACAUGACUGAAAAGCAGACCACCUACAUCAUAACAAUUGAUGGCUAGGAGAUGAAUUGUGUGGCAGCAAAGAUGAUGUGGGACCUAUGUGUUAGAGUAUUUCUAUUCUACAGCAAUUAUCUAAAGGUCCCAUAGAUUUGUUAAAUUAAGAAUUCGUUUCUCAUUAUGUCACUCGGUCAUUUACAUUCAUAUAUACUAACCUUUUAAUAUUUCAUCACUCCAUUAGGCUUAGUCAAAAUUAAUUGAGUUAAUUAUGCAUAAAAGUAUAUCUUUCUCAUUUUUCGAAAAAUACAUACGUACUCCUAGUGAAAAAAUAAUUAAACUAGAUAUGAAAUUCAAAAAUAAGUUUACAUAGGUACUAAUUAGUUCAAAUGUCAUAUAUUAUUGUUAUACAUCUUGAGCAAGCAUUACUAUUAACUAGAACGUUGUAGUUUCAAAUAUUUUAUAAAAUAACCACAUUUAUUUUUACCAAUAAGAAUGUAGUAUUAUCCUUUAAAACAGUGAAUAUUGAUGUCUUUUAGAGCCCCAAGUACUUUAAGGAUGGUUACAAAAUGUGGAGUUCAACAUUAAAGCUGCAUAUACUAUGACUUAAAGCUAUUUGAAAUCUAAUCUUAGUGUGUAGCCCAUUUGAAAGUUCAUGAGACAACUUUUUUGACAAGCUGUUGGAAGAAGUCCAUUCUCCUUUGAAACCAAAGUUCAAUCUAUACCCAUUUAAUACUUUUAUUUAGAAGGUGUUUGAAAUUCUUAGUGUGAAACUCAUUUGUAAUUCAUGAUUUCCUACCAUGAAGCCCAUUUAGUAACCUUUGGGAUGGAUGGACUAUCGACAGUAACGGUUAGUUUUGGCAAUGGGUAAGGGGCAAUGGGAACGAUACCACAGUAACGGGUGGUUUUGGCUGGGUUAAAGCCCCUUUGGCCCUGUCUUCUCCCGAAAGCUGAAUGUUUCCUGCUGACGGUGCUUGGAGGAGCAGAUUAGAGAAGUCUGAUCAGCUAAGGAUUCCAGAUCUGGCUGAGAGGAGGCGAACAAAGGAGAGGGAAACGGAUCGGCGACCUCCCCGUCGAAGAAGACACCUUCCUGUCCGAAGGAGGAUCUCUAGGUGAUGCAGUGCUCGAGAAACGCGAUGAAUCGAAGAGGACAUGGGAGGAAAGAACCAAGACUGGGUGAGGGAUGCGAGAGGCAUCGCUUAUUGGGCGGAGAGAGGACACCCUCGAGUCCCUGAUCCUCGAUGCGGACUAGAGGUGGCUGCGGGGUAAGGGCUAGUUGUUUGUUGGCGAUGCAAUUUCAGAAAAAAAACAGAGAAGCUAGUUGUCCAUUCAUUUAGUUGGUGCUAUGCUUUUAAAGUUUGAUUUUUUCUACCAUCACUGUCGAUGUAACAUAACGUCCAUACCUAUUUUGUCCUUCAAGCGUCAUUAUCCACUACUAUACGCUAUUGAAUGCUGUGUCAUCUUUUUCUUUUCUCUCCAUGCCAUUAAAUAUGGGACAAGUUGAGAUCGGAGUUCGUGGCUCAGAUCGAGUUGAACUAGUCAUUGCUCGGUCACAACCGCUAUAUAAAUUCGCUUUAGAAAAGGUCAACCAUUGGGUACUACGAAACCAUGUCAUCUAGUUGUUACUCAAUUAUAGUCAUGUCCAUGUGCUUGCCGAUUUUAAAAUCUUAGAUGAGGUGAUAUGAUAAGCGUUUAAACAAAUUCCUUUCAAUUGUUACGAAAUAAAACAUAAUCUUCAGCUAAUUCUCGAUUAUCUUUGAUGUUGCAUUGACAAGUGCAAUAUCAAAGAGAAUCAAGAUGGCUAGACCAAUAUGAUCCCACCUGAAUCAGGAAAUCACGCAGGCGAGAGCUUGGAAAUUUUGUUGAAAUUGAACAGAAGUACUAAACAGCUUAAAGCACUCUGAUGUAAAGGUUGUUUUGCAUAGGACAGAAACUGGCUGUCUUGGGCCAGAUUUAGUUAGAGCUAGAGCACCUGUGUAAAACCUUUCUAGUUUAACGAUGAAUCACAAGAAAUUGGCCAUAAAAUUGAAGGUUUGAUGCUGUUUACAGUUAAUAAUCUUAUUAAAACAUUGGUCUUCUUGAAAAUAUCUCAGUGCCAAAUUCGUUAGGCCUUACUAGUAAAAAAAUAGUUUUGCUUGUUUACCAAUCAAUUUAGUUGUCUAAUUGAGUAGUGUUUCAAGCUGCAUGCUCAGGCUGGGGCCAUUGAAUCUCCCAGGUUCACCAUUUUUUUACGAUUAAAAAUCAUUAUGAAAAUAACGACUCGAGUUCAAUAUUUUAAUAUUAUGUCAAUAACAUAAAAAUUCCCGAAUAUUAUAAAUAAUUUUCAAAGAACAGGCAACAAUGUCAUACAUUUGCAAAGAACAGGCUGCACGUGGUUGAUAAUGGCUUCGCAUGUCUAAUCAUCAAUAUUGCCCAUAGUCCUCACAUAUGAGCGUUUGAUUGGGACAGUUAAUGAGUUCUCUUGGUGCAUAUUAUUUUGAAAGAUUUUGUUAUAAUUUUGUCAUCUAUUUUUGAGCGUUCGAUUGAGGAUGUCAUGUAUCUAUUUUUGAGUCAAUCCCUUUUCAAUGUCUGAAAAUUUAUUUCUUAAAUUAAUGGGUUCAAUAAAUCAUUUUUCAUCAUAAAUUUUUUGUUUAUCUUCAACUUUAGUCUUAAUUUAAUCAAGCUUUAUUCCUAAUGACAAAAAUUCAAGGCCAAUUUUUUAUUGUUGUUGUACGCUCUGAAUAAGCCCAACGAAUCGAAUCGACCAGGUCAAUUCUUUCGCCGAUCAAAUACAAAGCAUCUUGUUUUUAUGUUGCCUCGGAUCUUAGUGAACCAGAGCAGAGGUGAGAACUCUGAUCGGCUAAGCGCUCCAGAUCUGGCUGAGAGGAGGCGAGAGAAGGAGAGGGAUGGCCACAGCGGUUCUGAGCUAUGUCGUGCAACGGGUCAGCGACUUGCUCAUCGAGAAAGCGGUCUUCGUGUACGAAGUGAAGGAUCAGGUGGAGUGGGUCAUGGACGAGCUCCGGGCGAUGGAGUGUUUCCUGAAGGACGCCGACGCGAGGAGCAAGGGGGACGAGAGGGUGAAGAACUGGGUGAGGGAUGUGAGGGAAAUCGCUUGUCGGGCGGAUGACCUCGUCGAGUCCUUCGUUCUCGAUGCACAGCGGAGGCGACGACGGAACACUGCGUGUUGCGUUCCUCUCCCCAGCGACCUCAUCGUACUCCACAAAUUCGGUAAGGAGAUCGAGACCGUAAAGGCCAAAAUCUGCGCAAUGAAAGAACGAAGAAACACUUACGGAAUCCAGAACCUGGGCGAAGAGCCGAGGAGACAGCCCGACGAGAGAGUCCACGAACGGAGGCGUAUCGUUGUCCAUGCGACAGAUGCUGACAUGGUAGGCAUGAACCAGGAGAAGAACAAAAUCUUGGAGUAUCUGUUAGACGAUAGCAGGAAAAAGCAGUCGGCGAUCUCCAUUGUGGGAAUGGGCGGCCUCGGGAAGACCACUCUUGCUAAAAGAAUCUUCAAGGAAGCAAGAGGGAAGUUCAGUCACUCGGUAUGGAUCGACGUCUCCCAGCAGUACUACGUUGUGGAUCUCAUUCGGCAAGCCACGGAGCUCAGAGAAAAGGAACUCGAGAGAAUGACGAGGGCCAGGCUUGAGGAGAUUCUUUACCAGACCAUCCAGGGGAAGAAAUACUUGAUCGUCAUGGACGACGUCUGGGACACGGAGAUCUGGAGAAUCCUCAGUCCGCAUCUCCCAGAUGCCGAGAAUGGAAGCCGGGUGCUGAUCACCACUCGCUCCAUCGACGUUGCCAGAGCUGCGGACCCAUCUAUCCCUCCCUGCGAGCUGCGGUCUUUAACCGAGGAGGAGAGCUGGCAGCUCCUCUCCAAGAAGGCAUUCCCGAAUCAGGAGGAUAUCGAAGCAGUCUGUUCAGAACCGUUGGGGGAAGUCGGGAAACAGAUCGCAAAGAAAUGCGGAGGCCUGCCUCUGGCGCUGGUAGUGCUCAGCGGUUUGCUGUCGACGAAAGGUCCGUCACUACGGGAGUGGAGGAGGCUCGCGGAGACCAUCGUCUGGGAAAACAUCAAAGAAGGCCGUCUGUGCCUGGAUAUACUGGCGCUGAGCUACGAAGAUUUGCCCCAUCAGUUGAAGUGGUGUUUCCUUUAUUUCAGUUCUUUUCCACAGGACUUCAAAAUCGGAGUCAAGAAGUUGAUCAGAUUGUGGGUCGCGGAGGGCUUCGUCGAGCACAGAGCAGGAGAAACACUCGAAGAAUCUGCAGAGGGUCACUUUCAGGAGCUCGUCCGAAGGUGCAUGGUGACAAUUGUGCAAAAUGAAUACGACAGCCCCAUGGCAGAAGGUCGACAAAGUUUGCCGGAUUCAUGAUCUGCUUCACGAUUUUGCCAUUGCAGAAGCUAAGGAGGUGGGCUUCCUUGUCUGCCGCCAGAUCCCAGACGACCGAGACGCCUCUCGACUGGAUUCCUCCUUGCGGUGCCUUUCCCUUAAUGGGGUAGCGGAGGACUACGUCUCCCAUGUGAAACACUCCCCAAGAGUGCGCACCUUGUUGUGGUUCAAUGUUCAACAGAGGAAGGUUAUAAGAUUCCCCACUGGGGCACUGAAACUGCUCAGAGUCAUCGAUCUGGAAGAGGCACCACUCGCCGUACUACCAAAACAAGUUGGAGACCUGAUCCAUCUUCGAUUCUUGGGAUUGAGAGGAACAAGGUUAAGGAGUCUUCCGUCUUCAGUUGGAAAACUUCGUCAUUUACAGUCCUUGGACGUGUUGGGGACGUCGAUCAAAACGAUGCCAAGAGCUGUGUGGAAGAUUGAUGCCUUACGUCACGUCCACGUUCCCGAUGAAUUGGAGCCGGAGAUGGUCGAGGCAGGGUUAAGAAACCUGCAGGUGCUCAUGUUCGUCCGGGCCGGGAGCUGGAUAGAUAGCUGCCUAGGGACCCUUACCAGUCUUCGGGAGCUGGGACUAACUGGCAUCCAAGGCUGUCAUCAUCGCGCGCUGUUGUCUUCGCUAUCGAAUCUGUCCCGCCUCAAGAAAUUGAAGUUGGAGGGCGUGUCGAUCCCGCCCUAUCUAUGGACACCGUCCAGCUUUUCUUCCCUUGAAUUCUUAUACCUGAAGGGGGAAAUGGCAAGGCCACAGCCACCAAGAUCUGCUGGCGCCCGAUGGCCCCUAAAUCUCACCGAACUCAUACUAUGGGGCACCAGGCUGGAUCAAGACUCAAUCGCGACGCUCGAGAACCUCCCUGAACUUAUAUAUCUGUAUCUAGAUCACGGAUCCUACGCAGGAAACGAGAUGAUCUGCUCUCCCGGCGGGUUCUCCCAACUUCAGUGCCUCGUUCUGAAUUCGCUGGCUGAGUUAGAGAGGUGGGUAGCUGAGGCUGGGGCCAUGUCCCGGCUGAGGAGCUUGACGAUCAGCCGCUGCAGAAAGUUGGUGAUGCUUCCGGAAGGGUUGCAAGACAUGACUGAUUUGAAGGACCUCACUCUCCGCUAUAUGCCCCCUGAAUUCUGUUCUAGAGCUCAAAAGGAGGGAGAGGACUGGCCCAAAAUCCGGCACAUACCUUCGGUCACCCUUUUAUAGUCAUUGUAAAAUCGUCUUCAGUUGAAUUCAUGAGCUACAUCAUGGAAAUUCUCUCCAGUAAUGGAGGGAGAGGAUUGACCCAAAAUCUGGCACUAAGGAUGCACUUUGUACGGCAAGUAACCAUAACACCCAGGUCAUUUCCCUCAAGAUUAUGGUGGCAUGUUCCUGCUCAUAACCCCCCAUACCUCGAGUCUUGAAAAUUCCUCGGGCCAGCGCGGACUGCGGUAGCUCGCGAGGGGGCUCUCGAAGGGUGCUGCCGACGGGAGAGGAGAGGUGAUUAG